CCCCUCUCCAACAUGUAUAAUUUGUUAUGUGAAAAUCCUACUUUUCGAGAAAAAAGAGAAGAAAUAAAAUUUAAUAGAGAUAUUUGGCUUUCUUGUAAAACUUAUUUAUCUGCUCGAAAGCAUCAUCAACACAAAUAUUGUGAUGCUCUACUACCUGAAAGGUGGAAUGACGAAGUGAUAGGUCAUCAUUCGUCUUGUUACAAGGAAUUUAUAGUGAAAUCUAAAUAUUUGUCUUAUGAAAGAAAUGUUGACCAGAGUUCAAAAUCAAUUCAUGAUGAAAGCAGCAACAUUUCAGCUUUGCUAAAUACUGUUGAAGAGAGCGAUGUAGAUGAUGAAUUCAAUAUCGAAAGUUUUGGAGAUGAUGACUCAGCAAAGAAAUGA